AUGUCUUUGGAUACAAACGAACGUCUGCGAAGAUUUGUCGAAAACAGCACUUGUUCCCCUGACUGCAGUGCACUGUAGAAAGUGAAAAAAACAAUCGUUUUAAUUUGCGUCGUCUUUUGUUACAGUGUUACUGGGAAGAAACUGAUGGCUAAGUGCCGCAUGUUGAUUCAGGAGAAUCAAGAGCUCGGUCGUCAGUUAUCUCAGGGACGAGUAGCGCAGCUGGAGGCUGAACUUGCUCUUCAGAAAAAAUACAGUGACGAGCUGAAAGGCAGUCAGGACGAGUUGAACGACUUCGUUAUUCAGCUGGACGAGGAAGUAGAAGGUAUGCAGUCGACCAUCUUAACUCUUCAGCAUCAACUGAAAGACUGCAAACAGCAAUUGACUCAAUCACAGGAAAACGCGCAGCUUUACCAAGAAAAAUUAGAGACCACAGAGAGGUUGCUCUCUGAAAUGCGCCGCCAGAACAACACUGAGUUGCUAAGCGGGUGA